GACUGAUGCACAAAAGCUGAGAGAAUUCAUCACCAGCAGACCUGCUCUACAAAAAUAUCAUGGGAAUUUAUUCAGGUAGAAGAAAAGUGAUGCAGGUGGAAAUCUGAAUCUACACAAAGGAAUGAAGAGCUACAUGAGUGACACCAUCUGGGCCCCAUCUGUCCUUCCUCACGGCACCCUCAGCACCUUAAGCCACCACCUCCAGCCGCAUUUUGGGAGAAAGAUGGAGUCCAAGGUCUCAGAAGGUGGCCUGAACGUGACCCUGACAAUUCGCCUGUUGAUGCAUGGAAAGGAAGUUGGAAGCAUCAUCGGGAAGAAAGGAGAAACUGUGAAAAAGAUGCGUGAAGAGAGUGGUGCAAGGAUCAACAUCUCAGAGGGAAACUGCCCAGAAAGAAUUGUGACCAUCACGGGCCCAACGGAUGCCAUCUUCAAGGCCUUUGCCAUGAUCGCCUACAAGUUUGAGGAGGACAUCAUUAACUCCAUGAGCAACAGCCCUGCCACCAGCAAGCCCCCAGUGACACUGAGGUUGGUGGUCCCCGCUAGCCAGUGCGGGUCCCUGAUUGGCAAAGGCGGCUCCAAGAUCAAGGAGAUCAGGGAGUCCACAGGUGCCCAGGUCCAGGUGGCUGGGGACAUGCUGCCCAACUCCACAGAGCGAGCAGUGACCAUCUCAGGGACCCCCGACGCCAUCAUCCAGUGUGUCAAGCAGAUCUGUGUGGUCAUGCUGGAGUCCCCACCGAAAGGUGCCACCAUUCCCUACCGCCCAAAGCCCGCCUCCACCCCUGUCAUUUUUGCAGGUGGUCAGGCCUACACGAUCCAGGGCCAGUACGCCAUCCCCCACCCAGAGCAGUUGACCAAGCUCCACCAGUUGGCCAUGCAGCAAACCCCCUUUCCUCCCCUCGGACAGACCAACCCCGCUUUCCCCGGAGAAAAGCUGCCUUUACACUCCUCCGAAGAAGCUCAAAAUCUGAUGGGCCAGUCGUCAGGUCUGGACGCCAGCCCCCCGGCCAGCACUCACGAGCUCACCAUUCCCAAUGAUCUAAUAGGCUGCAUAAUUGGACGCCAAGGGACCAAAAUCAAUGAAAUUCGACAGAUGUCUGGAGCCCAGAUCAAAAUCGCCAAUGCCACAGAGGGGUCGUCAGAGCGCCAGAUCACCAUCACAGGGACCCCAGCCAACAUCAGCCUUGCCCAGUACCUCAUCAAUGCCAGGCUGACGUCUGAGGUCACUGGGAUGGGCGCGCUCUAAUCCUACCCAGCGUCCCCCAGGUCCGCGAACCCGCACCUCCACCCGGCUCGCACACUCUGUACAGACCACCUACCCUUCGUCCAAAUAUAAAUAGAGGUUUUCUUUACUAACAGAAAUAUCUAUGCCCUAGAGAUCUGCACAUACCAACAAAGCCCGUUGAUAUCCAUCUCUGUGUGAGG